AUGACUGUUACUGAAAGAGAUGAAGGACCCACCCAUGCCAUAGGGACAGAAACAGAGCUUAAUGUUCCUAAUGUAAGCUCACAGUCAUCAGAGCAUAUUGAGCAACCUUAUGAGAGUAUCACAAUCGAGGAAUCAGAGAGGAUCCCAAAUGACAACCCUCAAGGAGAGCAUGUGUACAGUAUGAACGACGUAGUAAGUGACUCGUCACGGAUCCCAGCAUGGUGGCACGAGGCAAUUACUGGAAAAGGGCAGCAAUUUGAAAGUGCAAAAGAAGUUAGAAUGGCUCUUAUAUACUACUCUAUAGCUAAGAAGUUCGCUUUCAAAUAUGUUAACAAUGAGCCAAAACGUAUUCGUGCUAGUUGCAUGUUUAGAGAAGAAACAAACUGCCCGUGGUUGUUUUUCGCUUCACCAUUGAGCCAUGUGUCGACAUUUGCUAUAAAGAAAUUUGUUCCUCAACAUACAUGUGGACAACAUAACAGCACAGCUGGUCACUUCAGAGCAUCAAGAAGGUGGAUUGCGAGUAUGCUACAAUCAAUUAUGAAGAGGCGUCCAUAUAUAACCCCAACUGACAUUAGAAAGGAAUUGCACUCUCAAUAUGGAUUAAGAGUUAAUUAUUCUAAAGCUUGGCGUGCUAAAGAGACAGCAAAAGAUGAAAUAUUUGGUUGCGCAAGGCAUUCAUAUGAUUUACUAUCCUGGUACCAGAUGAAGGUGACGGAAACAAAUCCAGGCAGUGUCUUCAGCAUUGAACAAGAAGAAAGGAGAUUCAAACGUUUAUUUGUGUCGUAUGGUGCAUGCAUACAGGGGUUUCUCAAGGGAUGUAGGCCGUUGCUCUUUCUAGAUGGGACUUUCCUGAAGGAUCGCUACAAAGGGAUCUUAUUAGGUGCGACCGCUUAUGAUGAACCAUACAAUCCACCCCAUCCUCUUGUAAUUCUGUCAGACGCCGACAAAGGAAUAAAGCAAUCUUUGAAAAAUAUAUUUCCAGAUGCGUACCACUCUAGGUGUGUACUUCAUCUUGUUGAGAAUUAUAAAUUGAAGCUUAGAGAGAUGGGUUUUGCCUCAAGUGCUGCUCAACGUAUUUCAAAAUUAUUGGAGUUUGCUGCAUACAAGUACACGGAAGGAGAAUUUAAUGCUGUUUUGCGUCAGAUUCGAAUGACAGAUCAAAGAGCUUACCAAGUAGCUCUAAGUUAUGGUCCUAGUAAUUGGGCCAAUUCUGUAUUUCCUGGUAUAAGGUACGUCAAUUAUCAUUACCUUUACUGUUAUAUUAUGCUGUUAUAUGAAUUUGAGCCUUUAAAUGUCACAUUUCGCUUUUAUAUGGGUCGUUCGUCUGUUACGUGUGACCUUUACUUGUAUCGUGUGACAAUACCCCAUUACAUGUGA